AUGAGGGUUGCUGGAGCCAACAGAUUGAGAUUGAGGAAAAGACAGAACACUAAAAUUUGUAAAAAAGAAGGCCACUCGGAUGAGGUGUGUUUGUUUGGUCAGAAGGACCUAAAUGGUGAGGGUCACUUGGCUCAAGGGGAUGGUCCAACCAUUAGUAAAGCUGAUGCGGCCCAUUUAGUGGAAGAGGCCCUAAAUAGGGUUGAAAAAGUUAUGGAAGCCUUGGAAGUGUCUAAGAAGGAUCAAAAAAAGGUUGAAAAUGGUGGUGAGGAUGUCCAAAAGGAGGAUGUUGGGGUGCAAGAUAAGGAGGGGGGGGUGUCCAGUGAUGCAAACAAUGACUCUAAUGGUAUGUCCUGGGAGGAUGAAGAGGAUGAAUUGGGUUUGAUGGAUGAGGAGGGCAUAGCGGGAGUUCGCACUAUUAAUCAAAUAGAUUCACAGAUCGUCACUAAUAGUCAAAAUCAGGCCCUGAGCAGACCGAUCACCUUGGAGGAGGUCAAGGAGGCUGUGUUUUCAAUGCCUAGGGACAAAGCUUUGGGUCCUAAUGGGUUUCUUGCUUUCUUUUUUCAUCAAUUUUGGGAGGUUGUUGGAGAUGAAGUAUGGCUAGUGGUGGAGGAAUCUAGAGAGAGUGCUUGUGUGGAUAAGGAAUUAAACUAUACAUUCAUUGCCCUUAUUCCUAAAGUUGAGAAGGUUGAGACUUAG